AUGGACCCAGGAAACGAUAUAGGAAUUUCAGAAUUUCUUCUUACGGGAUUUUCAGAAGAAACAGAACUGCAGCCCCUCGUAUUUGAGCUUUUCCUCUCCAUGUAUCUGAUCACUGUGUUUGGGAACCUGCUCAUCCUCCUGGCCGUCAGCUCUGACUCCCACCUCCACACCCCCAUGUACUUCUUCCUGGCCAACCUGUCCUUUGUAGACAUCUGCUUCACCUCCACCACCGUCCCGAAGAUGCUCUGGAACAUCCAGACCCAGACCAAAGUCAUAACCUAUGAGGACUGUAUCACACAAAUGAACUUUUUCAUAACCUUUGCAGGGAUGGACGACUUUCUCCUGAGUGUGAUGGCCUACGACAGGUUUGUGGCCAUCUGCCACCCGGUAAACUACAUGGUCAUUAUGAGCUCCUGGCUCUGUGGACUCCUGGUCCUGAGUGCUCUGCAUUCCUUGUUAGAAAGCUUAAUGGUGUUGCAGCUGUCCUUCUGUACAGUCUGGGAAAUCCCCCACUUUUUCUGUGAGCUCAAUCCGAUGAUCCAACUUGUCUGUCCUGACACCUUUCUCAAUAACAUGGUGGUGUAUUUUGGAGCUAUUCUGCUGGCUGGUGGUCCCUUUUUUGGGAUCCUUUACUCUUACUAUAAGAUAAUUUCCUUCAUACGUGGGAUUUCAUCAGCUCAGGGCAAGUAUAAAGCAUUUUCCACCUGUGUGUCUCACCUUUCAGUGGUCUCUUUAUUUUACUGUACAAGCCUAGGAGUGUACCUCAGCUCUGCUGCUACCCAGAGCUCCCACUCAAGUGCAACAGGCUCAGUGAUGUACACGGUGGUCACACCCAUGCUGAAAUCCUUCAUCUAUAGCCUGAGGAGCAAAGACAUUAUUUCCUCUGAUGAGAUUCUCUGGUAUGGCAGCUAUAAAAGGGCCAAUUGUCUUGUGCUGAAAAGACUCUCAGGCACAAGUCUCCAUUCCCAGAACAUCACUGGGCAUGAAUUCAAGCUCUUGUCUGAGUCAUCCUUUGAUCAUGAGGAUUGA